UGGCUUAGGAAGUUGCCUAGUGACAAAGUGAUGGGCAGGCAACCUUGUUGUGACAAGCUUGGAGUGAAGAAAGGGCCAUGGACUGCCGAGGAGGAUAAGAAACUGGUGAAUUUUCUCCUCACACAUGGUCAAUGUUGUUGGCGGGCUGUCCCCAAGCUCGCUGGCCUCCGUCGCUGCGGCAAGAGCUGCCGCCUCCGGUGGACUAAUUACCUCCGCCCCGACUUGAAAAGAGGCCUCCUUAAUGAUGCUGAAGAACAACUUGUUAUUGACCUCCAUGCCCGCCUUGGCAACAGGUGGUCUAAAAUUGCAGCAAGAUUGCCUGGAAGAACUGACAAUGAGAUCAAGAACCAUUGGAAUACACACAUCAAGAAAAAGCUUAUCAAGAUGGGGAUUGAUCCAAUUACUCAUGAGCCUCUCCACAAACAGGUCAUCACCCCAGAAGAAAUGCCUUGUGAAGCAAGCGAUCAACCUGCAGGCUCAGACGUGAAUAUUCCGCAGAAUAUGGGUAUCCCAGAACAUGAAGUUUAUAGCAACAGUGAAGCAAGCAAUCAACCUGCAGGCUUAGACAUGAAUAUUCCGAGGAAUAUGAAUAUCCCAGAACAUGAAAUCUCUAGCAACAGUGAUGGUGGUGGCUCUGCAAGUGAAAAUUCCCCAAGCAAUGAGUCUCAGUCAGCUGAGCCAAACCCUAAUUACAUUGAGGAAGGUGACCCAUUGGUGAGUUUCAUAUUAUCCGAUACAUUUCUCGAGGAUUUAACAUGGGACUUUUCGACCUCGUCAGAAGACGGCUCAGCUGAUAAUCCAACGGAGGAGAAUAGCUUAGCAUGGUUCAUGGACUGUAAGGAUUUUGGAGUUCAAGAUUUUGAGCUUUGAUUGUGUGAAGGGGCAUGAUUUUCAUACAUCAUUUUUUUUUUUUUCUUUU